AUGUCCGAAGAAUUAACUAACAAAACUGAAGAAUUAACCUUGGAAAAUAACGACACUGUCUUAUCCAACAAGGAGGAAUUUACUGCCAAGCACCCCUUGAACAACAAGUGGACCUUGUGGUACACCAAGCCUCAAGUUACUAGAAAUGAAAACUGGCACGAUUUAUUGAAACCUGUUAUUACAUUCUCAUCGGUGGAAGAAUUCUGGGGUAUCUACAACCUGAUCCCACCAGCCAACCAAUUGCCAUUAAAAUCAGAUUAUCAUUUAUUCAAAGAAGGUAUCAAGCCAGAAUGGGAAGAUGAAAAGAACUCCAAGGGUGGAAGAUGGCAAUAUGCCUUCACCAACAAGCGUGAAGUCACCUCUGUCAUCAACGACUUAUGGUUGAGAGGUUUAUUAUCUGUCAUUGGUGAAACCAUUGAAGAUGAUGAAGAUGAAGUCAACGGGAUCGUGUUGAACAUCAGAAAGCAAGCCAUCAGAAUUGGUAUUUGGACCAAGGAUUGUGAUGAAGUCAAGUUGAAGACCGUUGGUGAAAGAUUAAGAAAGGUUUUAAGAUUGUCUGAAGAUCAAAAGAUUGACUUUAUGUCCCACGACGAUUCCAACAAGAAGGGAUCUGAGCCUCAAAUCUUAUUGUAA